AUGACGGCUGUGGCAAAUCGCGUCUGCUUGAUCGUCAUCGACGGUUGGGGCAUUUCAGACCAGACCGAUGGCAAUGCCAUAGUGAAUGCCAAAACACCUGUCAUGGAUUCCUUAUGCUCAGGAAAUUGGACGCAGAUUGAAGCUCAUGGCCUACAUGUCGGUCUCCCUGAAGGGCUUAUGGGUAAUUCUGAGGUCGGUCAUCUGAACAUCGGUUCCGGCCGACCAAUUUACCAAGACAUUGUUCGUAUUAACCUCUCCAUCAAAAAUGAUACUCUGGUGAAAAAUGAGGCUUUGGUAGCUGCUUGUAAUCGGGCUAAAAGCGGCAACGGUCGUCUUCAUUUAGCUGGCCUUGUUUCUGACGGAGGAGUUCACUCGCACAUAGAUCAUCUAUUCGCUUUGAUAAAAUGCAUUAAGCAGUUGGGUGUACCCAACUGUUUCCUUCACUUUUACGGAGAUGGUCGUGACACAUCACCAACUAGUGGAGUUGGCUUCCUCGAGAAAACCAUUGCUUUCAUGAAAGAACAAGCGUACUGUCAGUUGGCAACAAUUGUCGGACGAUAUUAUGCUAUGGACCGUGAUAAGCGUUGGGAACGAAUUUGUGUGGCGUAUGAAGCUAUGAUCGGUGGUAAAGGAGAAGCUUGCUCUGUUGACGAGGCUCCAGCUCUCGUAAAAAAGCGCUACGCUGCUCAAGAAACUGAUGAGUUCCUCAAGCCGAUUAUCCUCAAUGGAGACAAUGCUAGAGUAAAGGACGGUGACACAGUCAUCUUCUUCGAUUACAGAGCUGACCGAAUGAGAGAGAUUUCCGAGGUAAUGGGAAUGGAGCGUUACAAGGACUGCAAGUCAUCUCUCCCUCAUCCCAAAAACUUGCAAGUUAUAGGUAUGACGCAAUAUAAAGCAGAAUUCCCGUUCCCAGCCUUGUUUCCUCCUCUUUCCAACAAGAAUGUGCUGGCUGAAUGGCUAGCUGAACAUAAGCUGACUCAGUUCCAUUGUGCGGAAACAGAAAAAUACGCGCACGUAACCUUCUUCUUCAAUGGUGGAGUCGAGAAGCAGUUCGAGAAUGAGGAGAGAUGCAUGGUCCCCAGUCCAAAGGUGGCGACAUAUGAUUUGAAGCCAGAGAUGUCUUCAGAAGGAGUUGCAGACAAGAUGGUGGAACAGAUAAAGUUGAAGAAACACCCCUUCGUCAUGUGUAACUUCGCCCCACCAGAUAUGGUUGGCCAUACUGGAGUAUACGAAGCUGCCGUCAAAGCGUGUGAGGCCACUGAUAGAGCGAUAGGAAGAAUUUUCGAAGCUUGCAAGGCUAAUGACUACGUGCUCAUGGUAACUGCGGACCACGGUAAUGCCGAAAAAAUGAAGGCCCCUGAUGGCAGCAAACACACCGCUCACACCUGUAACCGUGUACCGUUUACAUGCAGCAGUAAUGCGUUCAAAUUCAAGAAGCUCACUGAUCGAGCACCAGCUCUCUGUGAUGUUGCGCCGUCUGUACUCACUGUAAUGGGCCUUCCCAAGCCACAAGAGAUGAGCGGCGUCUCGUUGCUAGACAAAGUUUGA